AUGGAACAAUAGUUUUAUGAUGAAAGUUUCAAAAGUGUAAAGAUUACUUUUGGUAGUUGCUUAACUCUUAGUCUCGCUGAUAUGUAGCAUUGUUUUGUAUAAUCAGAUGGAUUUCUUUAAUCAAAACUUGAACUUAAAAAUUUUAAACGAGCUAUAGGAAACCGCCAGCAUGAUUUCUAAAACUGUGUGUUUAAGAUUUUACCUCCAAUAGACAAUAAAAGUUAAUAAAAAUUGCUAGAAGUAUUGGAUGCAAAAAAAUUUCAUUAACUGAACUUGAAUUAAAGAAAAACAUUAAUUUUGGAGCUUUAGCAAAACUUAGAUGGAGAAAUAAAUUCUAACAUGAGUACAUAGAAUAAAUUAAAUGGCACUCCUGUUCUUUUUUCAACUUCUUCAUUUCAUCUUGUUCAUCUAGCCUCGAUGAAAUUCGUUUCAUUAACCAAAGACAAAUCUGAUAGUUACAUAUUUACAUUGACAGAUUACCCAAAUGAGAAGAGUCUGUUUAAAUUUUUACCAUGCCUAAGUUUAUAAAAGUAGAGAUCUAAUAUAGUUAUGAAUAAGGAUGUAGUUUAAGUUUGUUGUACAGGUUUAGUGCAUAGCAGGAAAGGAUACCUUUAUACAAAUUACUCAAAUAAGAAAAAUGGGAAAGAAUUUGAGGUUUAGCAAUUAAAAAUCUAUGCUAAUUUAGAAAACCCUUGCAGAUGGGUUGUAAACAGCUAUUCUCAAUGUGAAUAAGAAGGAGAAUAAUCGUUUAUUUCGAUUGGCAGUGUUAUUUCUUUAGAUUUGUCUGAUAGAAAUUUUUGCCUCUCUGCAAGUAAAGCAAGUGACCCCUUUGAAAAUUUAUGCUAGCAAAAAGAAAGAUAAAUUGCUUACGAUAACUAAUUAGGAGCAAGUUUUGCACUGAAAGAUGGUAAUAGCUUUUAACAUGGAAUUUAUCCCAGAAGAAAAGGAGUAAUAAAAAAUAAUAGCAGCUCUUUUCUGGUAGUAUAAAAUAACUAAAAUAGUAAUUAAAAUUACUUAAAAGACCCAUCUGAAUUCAACACACCUGUUUAUCCUAGUUAACAUAAUAUUCAAACAGUUAAGGUGAUUCAACAAAAUACUGCUAGUUAAAUAGAAGAUUUUCAAAUUUCAAAUAAUUAAUAAUUUUUUCAUAAUUAAAUGCUUGAUGUUUCUAAUGAUCACCAAUAAUUAAAUACUUUAAAACUCAAGCCAGGAGUAUCUAAUUUAUAAACUAUAGAAACCAACUACGAAAGAAAUCAAAAUGAUUUUUUGAAAAUAAAUUAUAAUCUAUCUCUUGAAGAAUAGAGAUAAUAUGAGAUAGAAGAAUAGGAAUUACGAGAAAUCAAAGAAUAGCUUUAAAAUGAGAAUUAAGUGUUUUUCGAGCAAGCAAUAAACGAGCAGACCUUAUCAUCAUCUAAAGAAUAAUCCAUCUUAUUUGCAUUCUGGAAAAUUGAACCUAUUUUUAUGUACUGUGGGGGAUAUAUAAAAUGGAAUGAAGUUUAUCGCUUAAAGCAUUUUAUUACUGGUAAAUAUCUUACUGUGAGAAUAUUUUAGUAACCUAAAGCUAAUCCUAGUGAAGGAUUUGACACAUUUGUUUACUUGGAUUUAACAGAUUAGGAUGAUUUAGGAGCCCAUUUUUCAUUUAUUCCUAUUUCACAAUAAAAAAAUAAUGAACAAUCUAAAAUGGUAAUGAAAGAAAGUUUUUAUAGACUGUAAAAUGUAUAAACAAAACUCUAUAUUGGAUUCAAAGAUGAGCCCUUUGAGGAAGGUGAAAUAGAAUAGUUUUAGUAAAGAAGGACUCCUUUCCUUGAGUAAGAUGAAUCAAAAAUUAGUAUUUUUAAGAUGAGGAUAGUUAAUUUUGAAGAAAUGUGGGAAACCAACUUUAUUUUAUACUCUAUGUAAUUUCUAAUGAAUCAAUUAAAAAAUUUAAAUUUGUUGAAAUAUAAAUCAGAAGAGUAAAAAUGGAAAUAUAGAGUUUUUUUUAGGUAAGUAUUACAGGAAGUUAAUGAUGCUAUCAUUGGAAUAGAUAGUUAUAUUAACAACUAAAUUACUUCAUUUAUAGAUGUAUAGUAAGAAUAUUCCAAGCCUAGUCCAAAAAGAUAAAAAAUUAUUAGAGAACAGCACAUGAUUGGCAUGCUAUGUUGGAUACUAAAAAUAAUAUUUCCUUAAUAUAAGGAAUUCCAUAAGAUAGCUCCUUCACAUUAUGAGAGAAUGGAAUUUCUAAAAAUAUAUAAAUCUACAAACUGGCCUAUCAUUAAGGAGUAUGAUUUAAGUACAGAAAAAUAAAGAUAAAUGAGUAUAUUAAAGUUUGAAGAAGAAGUAUUUGCUAAGUCAUAUAGAAUAUCGUUUUAAGUUUAUAAGCUUCUAGAAUCUGUUUGUUCAAAUAAUAUUGUUAACUAAGAAUAUUUAACAAGAUUUUUCAAGAUAAUAGUUUCUCAUAUAGGAUAUGGAGAUUUUGUUUGCUAAUCAAUAUAAAAAAUAUUUUAAAAUGCUUAAAUCUUGUAAGAUUUGGUUAAGAAGCGGAUAGAAGAUUCUAAUGAAUAAACUAAUUAGGGAAGUUACAGAAAUUAUGGGUAUGGAGGUAUGUAAAAUGAUUAUCUCCUUGCUAAUAAUAGGUCUUUUAAUGCAAACAAAAUGAACAACUCCUCUUCUGACAAUGAAAAUUCAUUUGAGAAGAGAAAUGGGCUCUCUUUAUUUUAGGGACAAAAGACUUUCUUAAAAGAAAUUGUAGAUAAAUUCUCGAUGUUUGAAGCUUAUAUUCUGCCAGAGUUAAUCCAGUUGUUAUCUAAUUUUUGUGUAGUAAAUAACAAUGCACUCUAUAUAAUUCAAGAAUAUGUUUUCAAUUUAAUUUUUACAGAUAAGCAUUUUACAAGAUAUUGCCUGAUCCCUAUAGAAAUGAUGCCUAAAGAAUCUGAUGAUUUGAAAGAUUUGAAAAUAUAAAUCCUCCCAAUUAGCAAAGACAACAUAUAGCAAGAUAUGGAAAGCUUAGUAAAGCUAAUAAGCUUUGAUUAAUAUAAUGAAUAAAUAGAAAAGUAAAUAAUUUACCUUUAGCAAUAAUUAAUAUUGAUGGCUAAUUUGUGCAAAGACAGAAACUUUAAAGCUUGUAAUGAAUUUUCAUAGAUAUUUCCUCUCUCUAUACUCGUUCAAUUUAUCGUAGAUUAAAACAAGAAUAAAAAUAUUUAACUAUUAGCUGGUUUUCUAAAGAUAAUAAUGAAUAUUUAUAUAGAUAAAUAUCCUAAUUAAAAGCAAACUAGACCAAAUUUAGUUAGAAUAGUUAAUUUAGAAGCCUUAAAAUCAACUACAAAUAUACAAAAUAAUUCAGUUGCUGAUGCAGAUAUUUCUGUUGAUGCUAAAAGAAAUGUAAAUAAUUUAAUGAAUGUUGGCUCUACAAUCAGAAAUAAUGUAAAUGGAAGAAAGCAUAGUUAUCAUUUCAACAACAGAAUGCGCUAAAAGAGUAUUAAAUACAACAUUGAAGAAAAAUAUAAUGUAAAUAAGCCAUUCCUUUUAAAUGGUGCCCAAUAAAGCAACUAACAAGAUUUCUAAUACUAGUAGCAGUUGACUAAGCUAAAAGAUUAGCUGCUUAAACAUUUAGAAGAGCAAGUUAAGAUAUUGUAAAUAUAAGAAAAAUCUAAUAAAAAUGAAAGCUAGUAAGGGAAAAAAGCUUAAGUCUAUAAUGCAUUUAUGCUUGAGCUUAUACAUACUUUAACGACUAUGCUGUAAUUUGGAAUAUUAAAUGAGAAAACAGGAUUGAAAUAGCAAAAAUAAUAAAAAGAUAAAUUAUCUUUUUUAGCAUACUUUUAGAUUCUUAAAUAAGAUUAAAAACAAGAAGUAUCUGAGUUAGAGAGGAUAAUAAGUUCGUUAGCUGUCUUAUUAGAAUAUGACGAAACUUAUUUCUAAGAACUAGAUUCUCUCCAUGUUAGGCGUAAAUACGUAUAACAUUAAAGGGCUAAACGAGACAAUGUGUAUGCUAAAGUUCUAAACUAAACAAAGACGAUAACAAAUAUUUUAACAAAAAAUGAUGGUAAAGAUAAAGAGAAGCAAAAACUUUAUAAUAACAAUUUAGACUUUGAAUCAGACAUAAUAAAAGAUCCAAUUUUUAAAAAAUUUCAAGGUCUCAAAAAAAUCUUAUUUUAAUAUACAAAUAAAACAUUUUCUGUUAGAGAAAAGAGUGAGAAUGUUGAUAUUGAAGAGCAGAUUAAAAUCAAAAUAUGCGAAUUCUUUUCAUUUUUACUUGAUAUGAGGCAAGAUUUUUUUAUUGACAACAUAAUUUCUUACUUUCAAUAGAAAUUCUGCGAGUAUAAGAAAGAAGAAACAGGGAAAGUAAUAGAUGAUGUUUUGGAGUUACUACCCAAUGAUUUUACUGAGGUUGGCCAUGUAGUAAAAUCAGAAAAAGUUAAGAUUUAUACCUAAAGGUAUAGGAUUUAAUCUAUUGAUGAAGUGAUAGACAGGCCAUUUAUGGAAUGCUUAAUGAUUUCUUUUUACUUUGCCCAGAGUGGCGAACUUGAAAAUAAAAUAAUAGAACUCAUAUAAAGGUGCAUUUCAUAAAAAAAUGAAGUUUUUAACAAUUUGCUGAAGCUUGAAUUAAUUUUCUCUAAACAACAUUAAGAACUGUACAAUAUUUUGAAUGAGAUAUUUAUUGAACUUAAAAACAUAGUUUCUGAUAGUUAGACCUGGCUAAAUCUUGAAAACGAUGAUGAUUGUAAUUAUGUGAAAACAGAAGAUCUUAUUGUAAGAACAGUUAAAAUAUUUAAAAACCAGCAAGAUAAAGAAAAUUUGGCAGUGAUUUAAAGUAUUUUCAAACAUAUUGGAGGACACUAGUGCUUAAUUGAUUUAAUUGAUAAAGGAUUGAAUGUAAUUGAGAAUUCAGGGUUUUACAUUUAAAAUUUGGAUUACCUAUAAACAAAUGAGCAAUGGGAUGCUUAAGAACUUUUUGAAAAGCUAAUUUCAAUUCUAAAAAAUUCUUUUUAGGCACUAAGUGCAUACUGUUUAGACAACAAAGAGAAUUAAGAGUUUAUGUACAAAAAAUUUUUCAAAAAUUUGAUUUCACAAAAGAAGCAUAACAUAGGAUAGAUAGAAUUUAUUAACGAUCUUUUUAAAGAUAAUUAUGAGCUCUCAAUAAAUGUCUAAUUUUAGGAUCUUUAAUAUUUUAUUUAAAUGAUUAAAUUGCAUGGAAAAUAACAUCAAUUCUUAGAAAUCUUCUAAAUAUUACUCAAUAAUGUUGAGCAAAAAUAGGAUUUUUAUGUACUUUAAAACUUAUUACUGAACCUCUUUUUCGAUGAAAUUAUUUUUUAAACAAUAUCGCCAUUUGCAAAGAAAGAAACAGGAGUUAGUUUUUUUUAAACUGAUUACUUUUUUGACAAUAAAAUAGACGAACAGAAAUACAAAUCAAUAUUUACGAUUCUAAUUUCUAGGUUAAUGAGUGACGAAAUGGAGCAAAGCUAGAUAAUGAAAGUGAGUUAUUUUAUACCAGCUUUAGAGCUAUUGAAAUACUUAAGAGAAAGAACUGUUAGCUACCGUUAAAUGAAUAUUAAAGACAUUCAAGUGAUUGAAUAGAACAUCAAAGUUAAUGCGGCUAUCAUUGAUUUGAUUCUUUUCUUGUCAAGUUCGAAAGAGUUUGCAUAAACCCUUCCACAAAACACUAAAUUGAUUGUUGAAAUAGUAGAGUUUGAAACUAUGAAACUAGAAAGAGCUUAGACAUAUUCUGAAUCAUAUAAAUUCUAUUUAAUAGAUAAUUUACUGCCAUUAAUAAAUUAUUAUUCAGAAAAUUAUUUGAAAGAUCUAUUAUUUUCUGAAAAUUCAAACGAAAUAGAUCAACGUAAGAAGCUCUAUAAGUUUGCCUAUACUUUUAUAAACUCUCUUGAUAAGGUUUUGAAUUUCAAAUAAGAAGAUCUACUUGAAAAUGAUAGGGGAAAACAAUUAAGAGUUUUAUCUAAACAUUACGAUUUCUAAAUCCCUUUUAACAUUAUGGGCGAAAAAAAUAAUUUAGAUAGCAACUCAGAUAAAUUUUAUGAGUUAAAUGAUGAUGAGUUAUAGUUAUUACCUAACAAGAAUAGGUUAAAGAAAAAGAGCUUUAAAACGAUGAUAAAUGAAGAAGAACCAAAAGAAACAAAAAGUAAAAAGUAAAAGGAUUAAACAGUAAGAAAUAUAAAUAUGGUAGAAUAUUGGCUUCAUUUUAAAAAAAAAUUGUAAGAAGAUGUACGAUUUAAAUCUAUUUUAAAAGAUGAAAAGAAAAUUCUUUGCUAAAGCAUAUUGAAGAUCUAAAAUAUGUUUUAGACUCCUAAUCAAUAAAGAAAGAGAGAUAUUAUUUUAACUUCUGACGACAUUCUUUCUAAAAUACUUAAAUUUAUUGAAUUUUGGAGAUAAAAAAAUGUACCUAUGAAAAGUGUUAUCUUCGUGAUGAAAAUUAUGAAUUAUAUAAUCAAAAAUGCAUUUUCUAUUUAAGAAGAAGAUGAAAAUUUGAUGGAUGUGUUUAAAUAAAGUAGUUAAAAAAUCUAAAAAAAUGAACAAACUAAAAUUAGAUAAGAAAGAUAAGACUAAUUGGACAGGUUGAAUUCUUCUAAAAUUGUAAUCAUGUUGAUAUGGGAAGAGUGUGAAAAUAACGCUGAAUAUUUAAAUUCUCUUUUUAAGUUUAUGAAUUUGAUGCUUAAAGGAGGUAAUGUGUCAGUUCAAAAAACUAUCUAUGAGUAUUUUUUAGGAUCUUAAGCUAGCGAAAAAUUUUUUGCCAAAGUAAACAGGAUUUUUCAAGCUCAGAUUACUAAAAACUCUUUGUUUGGAAGGAAGAACUCAGAAAAAAUGAUUCUCAAAAUUCUGAAAUUGUUUUAACUACUGUGUUUGAAUCAUAAUUAAGACUUACAAAAUUACAUGCGAAAAUAAAUCAGUAAUAAAAAUUCAUAUGAUCUUGUUUCUACUACAGUUAAGUUGCUUAUUUCAUAUAGAGUUUCUAAGGAAACUUAUAAAACAAUUAAAUAAUGUUUUAAUACCCUGACUGAGUUUGUUUAAGGUCCUUGUACAGAAAAUUAGGAUACAAUAACAAAUACUAAAUUUUUAGAAUAUGCAUUCUAAAUACUUUCUGAAGAUGAAAAACUGUUUCUGAAAACUGAUGUUUAGUAAGAUGAAAGAUAAAGGUAGCUUUUGCUUUUAUAAAAUGAGUAAACAAAUAUUAAGCUUGAAACAAAUAGAAAUGGUUUAAAUUAAAAUGAUGAAACAAAUAUUGAAGCAACUAUGAAUAAAUAAAAGAAAAAUUAAUCAAAAAAGAUACAUUUUUAACAAACAGAUUAACCAACCACAAGUAAUGGUCUCUCCAAAAACCCUGAAAUAAAUACAGAUUCCCAUCGUGAAUAUGACUUUUCAAAAACUGAAGACUACAAUCAAUAGAAAUCCAAUAAAAAUAAAUAAAAAAAUUUAUUAAGAUAAUAAACUGUUGAUAUAGAUCAAACUAGUGAAGAGAAAUAAUCAAAAGAAGAGACUAUAAAAUAUGAGGAAUAUUUAAGAUAACAAAAAUUUUAGAUACAUUUAGGAGAGUUAGCAAGAUUGAAAUACAAAUGUCUUCUCACUAUUAUCAGCAUUCUCGAGUGUAACUACAGUAAAAAAGACUUGAUUUCAAAAAUUAUGAGAAUUAUACCUGUUUCUGUCUUGACUAAAAAUUUGACUAGAGUUUACUAGCUUUAUAAAAAGCACUUUAAAAAGCAAGACUAUAAUAUUUAUCUCUUCAAAUAAAUGAAAGCUUAAAUAGAUUAUAAUAAACCACCUGAUUACUAUGAGUUCAUUAUUGAAAAUGGGUUUUUAGUUUACAUGCUGAUUUAGUUGUAUAUUUAAAAUAAUGUUCUGAUUGAAACAGAUGAGGAAGAUGAAGAUAUGACUUCAAUUUUGAAUGAAUUCAAAAAAUCAGAAGAAAACAUCUUCACAGAAAUGUUAAAAGAGAAAGAUAAUAUUUUUAGCAACAUGAUGAAGUUUGGUAGGGAUUUAAUUACUGUAGGGAAGAAUGCUAUAAAUGAAAUCAAAGAAAAUGCUUACAAGUUUGGUGUCAUCUAGCUUAACAAAAGUGAGUAACAGGAAAAAUAAAGAUUAGAAAAGAAGGAGCUAAUUAAAAAUGCUUUGAUUUUCUUUAAAAACAAGACUUGUAGUAUAGAGAUAGUAAGAAAUGGAUGUCUAUAAACAAUAAGCUUUCCAAAAAUGCCUCUUUGUUUUACUUUAAGUGAUGAAAUAAAAGAUGAUUUUAAAACUAAUGUAAAUAGAUCUUCGCAUAAGGAAAAAUUAUCUUACCUAAUUGACCAAUCUGGCAAUAUUAUUGAUAAAAUCACUCAUGAAGAAAAUGUAAGGCUGAUUGUUGAAGAAUACAAAUUUGUUGGUAUUUUUGUUAUGUACAACCAUCUAUGGCAAAGAAUAUCAUUUUAUUUAUCACUAGCAAUAAAUGCAUUAAUAAUAGCAUCAUACAGCGAUGCCAGUUUUGUUUACAAUAGCGAUUUAUCAGCUGAGAAAAAUAAAAGUAAUUUAUAAUAUGCACGUCGCCAAUAGCCUAGAUUUUUUUACGAUACUUAUUAUGAUAAUACUGGAAACUUAAUUAUACUUCUCGGAACUAUUAGCUCUAUUUUAAUUAGUGUGAUAGUUGCCUUUUUUAUUUUAAAAAGAGCACCUCUUAUCUUAGGUAGUAUUUGGUAUGGAUUUUUAAGCUCCUCUUUACCAAUUUGGAAAAAAUCUGUUUUCUUUAUCCUCAAAUCAAUUUAUUCAAUUUACCUUCUGAUGUAAGAUUUUGAUAUAAUAUAUUAUUUGUUUUAGCUCUUUUUUGUAAUGCUUGGUUUAUUCGCGCAUCCUUUUUAUUUUUGUGGUCUAUUAAUCGACAUGCUUAGGUUUAAUGUCCUAAGUAAUGUUUUUCAUGCUGUAUAUGACCCAAAGAUGGAAUUGGGUUUGACAUUACUUCUAUUUGCAAUAAUUGAAUACUAUUUUACUAUAUUUGCAUAUCUAAUAUUUUACAACCAUUAUAUACACGAAGAGUGCGAAACAUUUUGGAAGUGCUACUUAAAAAAUUUUGAUUACACCUUUAAAAGUGUUGGUGCGUUAGGCCACUUUUUGUAUGAACCUCAAUCACUUAGCGAAGUUGGAGGAGACACAUCUAAGUAUUUAGGAGUGAAUUAAAACUUUAAAGAUAAAUAUUUUUCAAGAUUCUUCUAUGAUAAUAUUUUCAAUAUUGUACUUGCUCAUGUUAUAAUCUAUAUUUUCGGAGGUAUAAUUAUUGAUAAGUACAGGUAGCUUAAAGAUGCAAAGAAUAGAAAGCAAUAAGACGAAAAAAAGAAUUGCUUUAUAUGUGGUUUUGAUAGGUAAACUCUUGAUAAGGGAGAUGAUAUUCUAGGUUUCUACUAUCAUAUUCGACAAGAACACUACAUGUGGAAUUACAUAUUUUAUAUGGCUUACUUAUAAUUGAAAGACAAGGUCAUGUACAACGGAGAUGAAAUGUAUAUAUAUAAAAAGAUAGAAAAAAAUGACAUCAGCUGGAUUCCAAAGAAAAGGACCAAGAGAAUAAUAGAUGAUUAAGAAAUUGAGAAAGAGAAACUAAAAUAUGUUAAACAGAUAAAUCAGACAAUGAAACAACUAAAUGAACAAAUUGAAAAAAUCACCUAAAAGUAAAAAUAGGUAAUAAAAUAGCAGAAGUAGGUAUCUUCAGAAGUUUUUGUUGUUAUGGAUUAGUAAAAAGCAUAGCAAUUAUAAUAACCAUAAUGA